AUGGCCAGCCUCAAAGACAUUCUGCACAAGUCUAGCUCCUACCUCUCCACCACAGCACGACUGUUUGGCGUUGAUCCUUGGCCACUCGAACAUAUGCCAGACAAGAAACCAGAAAGCCUGCCCGAACUCCUCCAGGCUGUCAAAUCACUCUUAGCUUACUUUCUGCGUCAGUGGGCCGAAGUCGAGGAUCAUCUGAACCAAGCAACCACCAACUCAGCAGAAGUCAAGUCAGCCAAGGUCCAAAACUAUGUCUCGGGUGACAAGUCAACCGCCGGUUUCCACGAGGAACAAAAACAGUGCGAGCGCGCCAUUGAAGACAUAGAUCGCCAAGUCAAAACGAUGAAGAAACACUCAGCCAUGCACAUGGAAGACAUCAAUUUCCUUAAGGAUCUGCAAGCCAACGUGGUGGAGCUGGUUGUGUUGGAUGCGAAGGUUGCGAGUGGUUUUGCCACAAUAAACGAGAGUUCAGAGCAUGCUCAUCUUACUAAGCAGACCAAGGAAAUGUAUUACUCAUUUGUUGCUGGAGCGGUGAAGCGACAGGACGAAAUGGAGGAUGACGACGAGUCUGGGGAUGAGGAAUUUGUGGACUGUGUCAGUGACGAGCACGAGGCAGGUGAAGAGGGUCUGAAGCAAGCGAUGGAGAAGCUGGAAUGCUAG